CAUAGUGUGUGCGCGUGCGUGCGUGCGCGGAUCGCCGAGCGCCGUUUCAUUCUCUGCUGCCAGGAGACGCGCAUCUCUUUUAUCGCCAGUAGACAGUCAGUCAGCCAGCUCUAAACUGCCGCCGUCAGAGCUACUGGUUUUUCUCUCAACAUUUGUUGCCGGUUUUCCUCGACUCACAGUGCUGCCCACCGGGUUCCGCUCGGAAAAACACGGGAGGAGACGCGAGUACCGUCUGGGCGUUGCUGGAUGAAAAGCGCUAUAGACUCGGUCAGCCAUAACCGUCUGAUAGCAGUAGACUCCAACUAGUGGACUGAGUCCUGGGUUCCUGAUUCCUCUUCUGCUGAGACGGACCUCCAGGACAAGGACAAGAUGAAACCGGAUGGUGUUGACACGGCAGCAAUGGAGCCAAUGGAAGCAUUAAACGCAGGUCCUGCGGUCGAGGUGGCGCCAGUGGGCGAAGCUCAGGACCAGGCGUUGCCUGCAACCCAAACAGAAGGUGAACCGCAGCAAACAGAGGCAACCAACAAGACCGGAAAGGACAAGCCUGUGGAUCCCAAAGCUAAGACGAAGGCUCCUGCCAAAACAAAGACAACCACCGCUGGAACCAAGGCAUCUACAACCAGCUCCCGUCCCACCACUGGCCAAAGCCGCCUGACAAACGGGGCACAGAAGUCGCAAGCUAAUGGCGUCACCAAAAAGACCACCACAGCAGGCCUGGAGAAGAAAACCUCAACCACUGCUGCCACUAAAAAAACAGUUAGCUCUACUUCUGCACCCACAUCCAAGACCCCAACCAAGGUGGCUGAGAAAAAGCCGGUGGGGACAGCGAGACCUGCCAGUGCUCCAGCCAAUGGUGUGAAAACAACAGGGGCAGCACAGCCCAUCAAGAAAGCCCCCGCUGCACCAGCCAAUGGUCUGAAAUCUAAACCAAAAACUACAGCUCCAGCUCCAAGACCCGCCACUGCACCCACCACUAAGACCAGCACCACUGGCUCUCCCAAACCUGAUAGGCCACCUGUCGCCAAGACAACCAGGUCUGCUGGCUCUGCUCCUGCUGCCCGUUCUUCCCCUGCUGCCCCUAAGCCUGGGACACCGACAACUGCCAGCAAGACAUCUACAGCCGCAUCCAGGCCAACUACUGCUACACCCAAGACACCAUCUACUACUGCUAAACCUUCUCCUGCUAAAACCACAGCGCCCUCUGCUGGCCGCACUUCCACUCCUAAGACCACAACACCUGUCAAGAAAGAUGUCAGUAAGCAGCCAUCUACUCCAGCGGCCAAGAAGCCCACUUCUUCUCCGCUUACCCGGCCAGCACCAACCAAGACCACCAAGUCUGACACCCCUAAGUCAGCUUCCACUGUCAAGGCAGAAUCAGCCUCAAAAAAACCCACCACCCCCAGCAAGGCGGCAGACGUUAAGACUAGUAAACCUAAGGAGAGCAAAGCAACACCUUCCAAGGAGGUUACUGCAAGCCCCAAGACCACAGGCAGCAAGCCCAGCACUAAGACAAGCAGCCCAAAGAAGUCAGUUGGCAGUAGCACUCCAAUGCCAUUGAAGGGUGGCCCAAAAGCUUCCCAGCCUGUAGACGCAGCAGCCACAGAGGCUGAGAAAAAGGAUGUGGUACCCGCUGUGGUUGCAGCCACUACUGCAGCUGCUGUUCUUGUUUCUGUGGUGACCUCUGAGGCAGCACCUGAAGACUCCUGUGUUCCUGCUGUCACUGAAGAGGCACCUGAGGACUUGUUUACCCAGGUCAAUCCUGCUGCCUCUGAGGUGAAAUUAGAAGACUCAUUUACAACUCUAAUUCCUGCUUCCUCUGAGGACUCUAAAGAGGAUUCUAAAGAAAAGGCCACACAUGUCACUGCCCCUACCACUAUGGAAGCACCUGAAGACAAAGUUACACCUGUCAUUCCUCAUGUCGCUGAGGAAACACCUGAAGACUCUGUUACACCUUUCAGGUCUGAAGAAGCACCUGAAGACACAACUAUGUCUGUCAUUCCCCCGACCUCUGAUGAAGUACAAGAGGAAACUGUUUCACCAGUAAUUUCUUCUGAAGAAACACCUGAAGAAGUAACUACACCUGUCGUUCCUCCUACCUCUUACGAGGCACGAGAAGAAACUGUUUCACCUGCCAUUCCUUCUGAAGAAACACCUGAAGACGUAACUACAUCUGUCAUUCCUCCUACCUCUUAUGAGGCACGAGAAGAAACUCUUUCACCUGUCAUUCCUUCUGAAGAAACACCUGAAGAAGUAACUACAUCUGUCAUUCCUCCUACCUCUUAUGAGGCACGAGAAGAAACUGUUUCACCUGCCAUUCCUUCUGAAGAAACACCUGAAGACGUAACUACAUCUGUCAUUCCUCCUACCUCUUAUGAGGCACGAGAAGAAACUGUUUCACCUGUAAUUUCUGCUGCUUUUGAAGAAACACCUGAAGAUGUAACUACAUCUGUCAUUCCUCCUACCUCUUAUGAGGCACGAGAAGAAACUCUUUCACCUGUCAUUCCUUCUGAAGAAACACCUGAAGACAUAACUACAGCUAUCAUUCCUCCUACCUCUUAUGAGGCACGAGAAGAAACUGUUUCACCUGUAAUUUCUGCUGCUUUUGAAGAAACACCUGAAGAUGUAACUACAUAUGUCAUUCCCCCUACCUCUUAUGAGGCACCUGAAGAAUCCAUUUCACCUGUCAAUCCUCCUGUCUCUGAUGAAAUACCUAAAGAAACAACUGCAUCUGUAAUUCCCCCUACCUCUUAUGAGGCACCUGUAGAAUAUGUUUCACCAGUCAUUUCUCCAGCCUUUGAAGAGGAACCUGAAGACACAGUUACACCUGUUAUUUCGCCUACUUCUGAUGAGGUGGAGCUUGUCUAUCCCCAGGAAGUCCCCCAGAUCAUGGACACUUAUAAAGAUGACAGUGCCAUGUCUCAGCUGGCUGCUGAAGUAGACUCGGUCAGUCUGGAGGAGCCAGUGCCUGCUGUGUCUCCCCUGGGAACCACAGUACUGUCCCCACCAUCCUCUCCCACCGGCCCACCAACCAUGCCAGUCGAGCUCCCAAGCUCAGCUCCCUUCCUGGUCUUGCAGGGUCCAGCUGAACCAUGGGCACAGAGCUCUUCACUGUACCCCAGUACUGUGACCACAGAGAAUGAGGAGCAGGAUGAGGAAAGACAGCACGAUGAAGAAAGUGAGCAGGAUGAUGAAAAAGAUCAGGAUGACAUACAGAUGCCCUCUGCGGCUGAGAAUGUGGUAGAAGACUUUGAUCUGAUGGGCUCCACUGGUGGGGAUCACAUCAAAAAUGCUGCUCCUGUCUCCCCCUUGCAAGAACGAGAAGAGGCGGUGGAGAAAGCUGAAGAAGAGAUUAAUGAAGACAAUGAUGAGGAGGAGGAGGAGAAAGAGGAAGAUGAGGAGGAGGAGGAGGAGGAGGAGGAAGAGGUAAAAGAGAUUGGCAUAAAGGAAUCAGUGCCCCAAUCCGAGAAAGAAGUUGACCUUAAAAAGGGGGUGGAAGAUUUUGCCAGCUCUGAUUGGGGUAUGAUGCAAUCAGAUGACAUGUACAGCAGUAACAAACGUGACUCAGAAGUGACAUCUCCUUUUAAUGCUGAAGACAGCUGCAGUGCUAAAGAGACAGGUGACUUCAUCAUGACCGAGGCAGACAGGGAACAGCCAUUCACAGGGCCUCCUGGAAUCCAGUCAUUUGGUAGUGAAGAUGAGGAAGAGGAUGAAGAAGAUCAUCUGAAGGAAGACAUGGAUCUAGUAUUGGAGCAUGAUGAUGAACAUUACAAACAACAGAAAGACUUGGAGGAAGAAGACCAAGAUGUAGAAAUGGUCCGCAGGGGCAUGGAUGAGAGUGCACUUGGGGUUUGUAGAAAUGAUGGUAAUGAAGAUGAUGAUGAAGAUGACAAUGAUUACAGAGAGGAGAGUCAUCUAGAUCUCAACGGCAUGGGUCACACUGCUCCAGCAACAUCUAUGCCUUUGACAGCAGCAUGGAGUAAUUCCAAUCCAUUCUCUGAUCCCUGGGCCCAGCCUUCUUCCGUCCUGUCUGAAUCAAACCUGUCAGCUUCAAUGGUUCAAGAUCCAGACACACUCACCAAAUUCCCAGCCGAUCCAGACACAACCACCACAUUCUCAGCUGAACCAGAUACACCCCCCAAAUCCCCAGCUGAGGCUUUUCUGGACAUGAGUCCACACCUGAUUCAGGCCUCCGAACCUCAGCCUGACCUCCAAGAGGAGACCAGGAGCUCAAUCCCAGUGGAGUCAGGUAUCUUGGCUCCUCCUGCCUUUGGAAUGUCCCAGUCCAGCACCCUCAGUGGAACAGCCCUGGCUGCCCAUAGCAGCAGUGAGACCAGCACACCUGAAGAGCUUCGAGAUUAUGACAGCAGCUCAGGUGUAGAAUCCCGAUCAGACAAGCAGCAGACACCAGUCCCUGCCAUGCAAACAGACAUAGAGCAGGACCUAGGUAUUCACCUAGAGCGAGGUGAUGGGGAGGAGGAAGAGGCAGAAACGCUGCCGGCCGAUGAAGUACUGGGUGAUGCCGCAACAGCACCAGCCUCUGUACCAUCGUCACCGUCAACCUCUGGUGAUGAGGCCAGUGAUACAGAGGGUGAAAUGCAAAUCAAUGAUCCUGAUGUUGCGAUUGAUGACAAUGCCACAGAUCCUCACAACCUCGCUGCCCUGGAGGAAGAUGAGGAGGCUCCUGAACACAUUGGAGAGGAAGAUGGUGAUACGCCUCAGUCAGCCAACUCUGUGGCCUCCUACGGUUUCGAUUGUUCCGCGUCCAUCUCCAAUGCCCACUCUAUGGCUGAGAGCUGUGGAAAGAGUCCAGGCAUCUUUAGCCUGGAAAAUGAAGAGCAGCUUCCGGAAGAGGCCAAGGAUCCCUCUUUCAUCAAGGAGCUCACCCUGCCAGCAGCUACUGCCUACAGUGAUGACUUGUUGGGCUACCCAGUGGAUUUGCUGCCUAUUAGCGAGCCCACAGACAGGGAUGCUGGGUUUGACGAGCACUACAUGCUGUGCAGUAAGACAGACCCAGGUGCUAUGGAAAUGGAAAUGGAUCCUGAGUCCCCCAUGCACCUGUCACCCCAACAUGGGGACGAUUCUGAAGGCCAGCCACCAUACUACUCUGCUAUAUGUGAUAAGACUGAUAACUUUCUGGCAGGUAACGUAUAAAGCCCCUCUUUUGGAAUGCACCAUGUCUACCCCAAACCCCACGCUCCUACCCUGUGUCCUUCAUUUCUUCCAAAUGUGGGGUUGAAAUGAAUAGAAAUAUGUGAUAGAAGGGGGAAAGAAAAGGGGAGCCAUCAGGUGAGGGAUUAUAGCUUUGUCUGAGCUGCUCUCUGUUCUUCUAUUACCACGGUGAUGGUUAUGAUUGUAUGGCUUAAACUUCUGUAUGUACAGUAGCUAUUCUCAUUUUCUAUUAGAAUGUACUUUUUAAAUAACACUGCGUUUCAUGGCACCCCUGAACCUGCAAUGUUAGACUAAGUUAAGGUGAUGUCCUUUAAUGAAAGGACAAAAAUGCAAAAAAAAAAAAUAAUAAUAAUAAUAAAAAAAAUAAACACUUGGUGGACUCCAACUACCUUUGUAUUUAUCCUACUGUUUUUACCAAUCAAAUGUCAAUUUUUUAUACUUUGUUUUUUUUUUCUUCUUGUUUUUAUUUGAUUUGUUAAGAUCCCUGUCUUACCUUAAUGUUUGUACACACAUCAGUUUUCCUGCACUGUAAAAGUAGCUUCACUGUCGUUUGAAACUUAUUUCAGCUUUCUCUUUUAAAACGUGUUCCAGCACUAACUGUUUUAGCAUUAUAUACAGGUUAGAUAUUCUUCAGAAGCUUUUCAUGCUCACAGUGUUUGACAUAGGGAGGUGAAUGAGUGUUAGAUGGCAGGUCAUACAUUUUUGGUUGUCUUUUAUUAGUUUUGAGCUACUGCUGCAGAUUUUUUGAAGGAUAACAUAGAUUCUCAUUGGCACGUAAAUUAAGUGUUUUAAAGUACUGGGCUCAGAUUGACAUGGAUUCUUUCAUUUACAGUUGUUAAACAUUUGUACUUCGGAACAGACUAUUUCUGUUUAUGGAAAUUGAAGUGUUUUCCUGCAUUUGUAAAUCUUAAAAUGAUGCUCGCAGGUCAGUUUACUGUGAGUACUGGGACAUUUCUACAAGAAUUGGAAGUGCAUGUGCAACUAAUUAAGAAAUUGUUAUAAUCUUGCUAUGAAUCCAGACAUGAUCCAGGGAUGUUUGGAUAUUAAUAAUUCACAAUAACUAAAAGGUUUUUCCCAAAAUUCCAUUAAACAUCAUUGCAAGACUGUCUGUUCCUGUUAUUUUUAUUUAUUUAUUUAUUUUGAGUGGCAUGAUGGUCUAUUUCAUCUGAGUGUUCCUAUGGUAUCUGAUUUUGAAUAGGAAAUGGAUAUCUGCUGAAAUGGUGUUUAUUCCAGAUGUAUUUUUGAUGAAAUGACAGCCAGUGCUCAUGGGCUAUGAUCUCCCUCUACUAAAGCAUGUUAUGCCCUCUAAACUCAACAACAGGACCCCACCCUGAAACCCCAGCACAACAAGGUUGCAUGGUAUCUUAAGGAAUUGGUUAAUGGGUUUCAAGAAAUGCCCGUUUUCAUCAAUAUGCACUAAAGCAUAAACACAAAUGCAACACAAAAAUUCCAAAUCCUCCCUGAAUGUUAAUCUGGUUUUAUGUGGGUUUUCCUCUUCUCGGUAUGGAAUCUCAUCUCCUUUUCACUUCCUUCCUUUUUUCACCCACCUGCCAUCAAAAAUAGUCAUUUUACAUCAAAAAUAUCUGGAGGUGGAGGUUAGCUAAAGUACAACUUAUGCUUAAUGUGAAUAAUGGCUAUAGGUUUAUCUCCUUGUCCUUGCUUUGAAAUCUGUUUCAGGUCAUUUGUCUGAAUUCUAGUUUAUGCUGUUAUGUAAAACCAUAUGUGGCAUAUGAGGUACAUUAAGAAAAAUAAUUGAUUGCUCUUAUCAAAUUCUAACAAAACCCUUAUUUUAAUUAAAUUCGCAAGUUUAGCGAAUCAGACCCUCUCCAACCCACUCACAUUCUUGAAUUGGUUCAAAUAUGACUCUCAUUAAUUGGAUGACAUACCUGU